CUCUGUCAAAAAAACCAAACAAAAUUUGAGGUUUCAUUUUCAUUGUUUAUAAGAGCCACACACAGAAUGCCACAGACCAAUUAUUAAGUUUCUCUCUCCUUCUCAGAAACUAAGAAGAGAGAGAGAGAAGAAAAUAAAAAAUGUCUCUAAAUUCUCCAUUGAUUGAAGAAAGAAAACAGAACAAACAACAAGUAAUUGAAGAAGUGAAGAAACAGUUAUGGUUAUCAGGACCGUUAAUUUCAGUUACACUGUUGAAUUUUGGUAUAAAUCUAAUAUCAGUUAUGUUUGUUGGACAUCUUGGUGAGUUGUCUCUCUCUGGUGCUUCCAUGGCUACUUCUUUUGCUUCUGUCACUGGUUUCAGUUUACUGGUGGGAAUGGCAAGUGCAUUAGACACAUUAUGUGGACAAUCAUAUGGAGCAAAACAAUACCAAAUGUUAGGCAUACACAUGCAAAGAGCAAUGUUCAUUCUCAUGAUUGUUGCCAUUCCACUUUCAAUCAUUUGGGCUAACACAAAAUCCAUUCUCAUUUUCCUCGGCCAAGAUCCCGAAAUAUCGACCGAAGCCGGAAACUACGCUAAACUAAUGGUUCCAUGUCUCUUUGCUUAUGGACUUCUACAAUGCCUCAACAGAUUCUUACAGACACAAAAUAUUGUGUUUCCUAUGAUGUUUAGUUCCUGUGCGACGACAUUGCUACAUCUUCCUGUGUGUUGGUUUUUGGUUUAUAAGUCUGGAUUAGGGAGUAGAGGUGCUGCUGUUGCAAAUUCUAUAUCAUAUUGGUUGAAUGUUACCAUACUUUCACUUUAUGUCAAGUUUUCUCCUUCAUGUAAAAAAACUUGGACUGGUUUUUCAAAGGAGGCUUUGGCAUGGAACAACAUUCCAAUUUUCAUGAGGCUUGCUAUUCCUUCAGCUGUAAUGGUUUGCUUGGAAAUGUGGUCAUUUGAAUUAAUGGUUCUCCUUUCUGGCCUUCUCCCAAAUCCAAAGUUGGAAACAUCAGUGCUUUCUAUCUGUUUGAAUACAUCAGCAGCUGUUUGGAUGAUUCCCUUUGGACUUAGUGGAGCUAUAAGCAUUCGAGUUUCGAACGAACUCGGGGCUGGUCAUCCAUGGACCGCGCGGCUGGCCGUGUGCGUUGUGGUAGUGAUUGCCAUUAUUGAGAGCAUCAUAGUUGGAGUAGUUCUAAUACUAAUACGCAAUAUAUGGGGCUAUGCUUAUAGCAAUGAAGAAGAAGUUGUCAAAUAUGUAGCAACUAUGUUGCCAAUUCUUGCAGCAUCCAACUUCUUAGAUGGAUUACAAUCUGUUCUUUCAGGCACUGCUAGAGGAUGUGGUUGGCAGAAAAUUGGUGCUUUUGUAAAUUUGGGUUCAUACUAUUUAGUUGGAAUUCCAGCAGCCAUUGUAUUAGCUUUUGUAUUGAAUAUUGGUGGAAAGGGAUUAUGGCUUGGGAUUAUAUGUGCACUUCUUGUUCAAGUAAUUUCUCUAAUGAUCAUUACAAUAAAAACUGAUUGGGAGAAAGAGGCAAAGAAGGCUACAGAUAGAGUCUAUAAUUCAAUAACUUCAGAGAGUUUAAUUUCAUGAAGAAUAUGAUUUUUGUUUUGUUUUCUUAGUAUAUUGGUAGGGGAUAUUUCUUUUAUAUUUGAGGAUUAUAGUCAAAGUGAAAUAUCAAAUUCAAUAAAGAUUUACAAUAAAAUUUAUAGUC